AUGCGGCUCAAAGACGUCCAACGUCUAGAAUUACCGCCGUCGGCAGAUAUGCAUGUCCAUUUGCGGCAGGACCAAGUCAUGGAAUUGGUGGUUCCUCAGAUCUUGAAGGGCGGAGUAGACACCGUCUUUGUCAUGCCCAAUCUGCAGCCGCCGAUCACGAGUGUAGCCCAAGCCUUGGAAUACCAGUCGCGUCUACAGGCUAUUGAACCCAAAGUCCAUUACCUCAUGUCACUCUACCUCCAUCCCUCCAUUACGCCCGAAGUCAUCGCCGAAGCCGCAACCGCAGGGAUUGCUGGCGUCAAGAUGUAUCCUCAAGGCGUGACCACGAAUUCCGAGUCAGGUGUGCCGGCGGAUUUUCUAGACGCCUACCCCCCCGUCUUCGCUGCCAUGGAGCAGCAUGACCUGGUCCUCAACCUGCACGGAGAGUGGCCGGGACGUCUGCCAAGCGAUGAUAUUUCCCUCGAAGAAGCGUUCCUACCGCAGCUGAUGAGGCUUCACGAGAAGUUCCCGCGUCUGCGAUGUGUUCUUGAGCAUUGUUCCACCGCCGCGGCUCUCGAUGCCGUACGGGCUUGCGGUCCAUCCGUUGUUGGAACGAUAACCGCACAUCAUCUCUACCUGACCGGACAAGACAGCCAGACAGACCCUCUUGCGUUUUGUAAACCUAUCCCCAAGAAGCCGUCAGACCGCGAUGCCCUGAUCAGAGCUGCUUGUAGCGGCGACCCGAAGUUCUUCUUCGGCAGUGAUAGCGCACCGCACCCUCUCGGUUCCAAGACCCAAGGCGGCCAAGCAGGUCCAGUCCCGGCAGGGGUAUUCACGCAGCCAUUCGCCACCCAGCUCGUGCUUCUAGCCUUCGAAGAGGCAAUUGCCAGGGGUGUCCUCGGACCGGACGAAGUCACGCAGGACCAUCUCGAGCAGUUCCUGAGUCGAUCUGGGAGACGGUUCUACAAGUUGCCUCUGCGGAGCACUGACCCUGGCAGUGCCGCCGGCAAAGGACAAGGACAAGGACAACCCAAGAUCGUGCUUGAACGGAAAGGCGAGACUAUUCCCCCGAGCAUAAAGACCGAGGAUGGUACUCUGGAGAUUGGCUUGUCAAAGGCCUCGGCUCCGGUGUUCAGUCUAAGCUGGCUUACGUAG